UGUCUCUCUACGUCAUGCAUCCCUUCUGGAACACGAUAGUGAAGAUCUUCCCUACCUGGCUGGCCCCAAAUUUGAUAACGUUUUCUGGCUUCCUGCUGCUUGUCUUCAACUUCUUCCUCAUGGCAUACUUCGACCCUGACUUUUAUGCUUCUGCUCCUGAUCACCAGCAUGUUCCGAACGGAGUGUGGGUCAUUGUGGGUCUCCUCAAUUUCGUUGCCUAUACGUUAGAUGGCGUUGAUGGGAAACAGGCUCGCCGGACCAACUCCAGCACGCCCCUGGGAGAGCUUUUUGACCAUGGCUUGGACAGCUGGGCGUGCGUGUACUUUGUCGUGACAGUCUACUCCACCUUUGGACGGGGCUCCACGGGUGUCAGUGUCUUCGUUCUCUACCUCCUCUUGUGGGUGGUCUUGUUUUCAUUCAUCCUCUCCCACUGGGAGAAGUAUAACACAGGGAUCCUCUUCCUGCCCUGGGGAUAUGACAUCAGCCAGGUGACCAUUUCAAUUGUCUACAUAGUGACAGCCAUUGUGGGAGUUGAGGCCUGGUAUGCACCUUUCCUGUUUAAUUUCUUAUAUAGAGACCUAUUCACUGCAAUGAUUAUUGCUUGCGCGCUCACUGUGACGCUGCCAAUGAGCCUCUAUAACUUCUACAAGGCCUAUAAAAAUAACACCUUGAAGCACCACUCUGUGUAUGAAAUCAUGCUGCCACUGGUAUCCCCAGUGUUGCUGUUCCUGCUCUGCACCACGUGGAUCUUUAUGUCCCCGACAGACAUCCUGGAGGUCCAUCCCAGGCUCUUCUAUUUCAUGGUUGGAACAGCCUUCGCUAACAUUUCUUGCCAACUGAUCGUCUGUCAGAUGAGCAGCACGCGCUGCCAGCCUCUAAACUGGAUGCUGCUCCCCAUAGCGGCGGUGCUCUUCGUGGUGAUGUCUGGGUUCGUGCCGAACAGCGAAACACUUCUCCUCUACUUGUUAACUGCUUUCCUCACCCUGGCACACAUCCACUAUGGAGUGGUCGUGGUGAGCCAGCUGAGCAGGCACUUCAAUAUACGGCCCUUCUCGCUAAAGAAGCCCACGCCAGAUUGA